GAAGAAUCGAGGGUCCCUUUCGUCGCGAAACAAAGUGCGUGUGCGUCGGUUCGAUUCAGUUCCGUUUGCUGCAAAACAGCAAAAACCGUGCGUCGCCGGACGUAUCCCGGCGUUACCCGCGCCAGUUUCCACCCGUGACGAACGUUACCACAGCAUCGCUAACGUCUUGGAAAUCUUCAGCGCCUAAAGAAAAAGAGACAAAAAACAAAAAAAAAAGGACACCUUUGACGAAAGUGCAACAAAAGUGCAUAUAAAAAAAAACAGGAGCCAAUUGACCCUCUGCCCAGAAACCCCGGCGUCAGUGUGACAGUGUGCGCGUGUGUGUGUGUGUGGGUGCGCGCGUUUGUAUGUUUGUCCUCCCCCCCCGUUGUUUGAUCUCCUCCUCCCCGCGCGCGCGUGUUUAAGCAGAGUAUGAAACAAUGAGUGCAUCGACAACACCCACAACGCAACAAACGGGUACGACCGCGGUCGGUGUCCCCCCCGUGCCCCCGGUGAAGCCGGUCCUCUCCUCACCCGGUGCCUACAUGGCCAACUUUCAGGGUGUGGGGGCGGGCAGCGCAACGGGCGUGGUGCCCCCCAUCACGGCCGGGAUUCACGGUACGAACAAGACGCACGAAAAGCCAACGAUCGCCGCCCGGCCAAUACCGCCUCCGAAGCUGCCAAACUACUCGUCCUCGUUCAACAAGAUCGAUCGCGAUCGCAACGAGUUCUCCAAAAUCGACAAAGCCGAAAGGGAAAAGGUUAGCUGAUGAAUGCAGGAAAUUGAAUCCUUUUUGUUGGCAACGAAGCGUGAAAUGUUCUUCAAAUCGGAGAGCAACAGCCCGUCCGGACCGCCACCGAACCCACCGGUAGGGCUGAACAAUCUCAACCUGGCUAACAACAACGUGAUCCAUAACAACAGCGCAAAUGCCGCCGGUCUCGAUAAGCACAGUUCCGCCGCCGCAGCAGCAGCAGCAGGCAUCACUAACUCGGUCGGCACUAACAACAGCUCCACGGCGUCGUCGGUGGCCGCGGUCACCAACAACAACCACAGCGGGUUGAAUGGGUCCGCGGCCACGAACGGAAGCGCCGGUAAUAACAAUCUAACCGGCGGUGGUGGUGGCGGUGUUAACGGGCUCGCGACCACGAUGGCCAACAUCUCGCUGAAGGAGAAGCGGGAUGCGCUGUUGAAUCACCACGAGGGUGCGAAUGGGCACCAUCACCAUCACCACGCGGAUGUGGCCAACAACAGCAAGCUGGCGAAUGAGCGCCAUGAGAAGGAAAAGCCGGUGUUGAAAUCGAAACCGAAGGAGCUCGAUGGGUACGUUGGUUUCGCGAACCUACCGAACCAGGUGUACCGGAAGGCGGUUAAGAAGGGCUUCGAGCUGACGCUGAUGGUGGUGGGUGAGUCCGGGCUCGGGAAGUCGACGCUAAUCAACUCGAUGUUCCUGUCGGACAUUUAUCACGCCGAGCAGCAUCCGGGACCGUCGAAGCGCAUCAAGAAGACGGUUGCCGUCGAGAGCACGAAGGUGUUGCUGAAGGAGAACGGUGUUAAUCUCACGCUGACGGUGGUUGAUACGCCCGGGUUUGGUGAUGCCGUUGAUAACAGCAACUGCUGGUUGCCGAUCGUGGACUUUGUGGAGUCGAAGUACGAGGAGUACUUGACGGCGGAAUCGCGCGUUCACAGGACAGCGUUGCCGGAUUCACGCGUGCACGUGUGUCUGUAUUUUAUUGCACCCUCCGGCCACGGGCUGAAGCCACUGGAUGUGGAGUUUAUGCAGCGGCUGUGCGAUAAGGUGAACAUUAUACCGGUCAUUGCGAAGGCGGACACACUUACGCCGGAGGAAAUAACGCUGUUCAAGAAACAGAUCCUGAACGAAAUCGCUCAGAACAAGAUUAAGAUCUACGAUUUUCCGGAUCCGCUGGACGAGGAGGAGGACUCGAAAGUGUUGAAGCAGUUGCGCAGUCGCGUUCCGUUUGCGGUUGUCGGUGCGAACGCGAUCAUCGAGAUUGAUGGGCGUAAAGUGCGCGGUCGACGCUAUCCGUGGGGUGUUGCAGAAGUUGAGAAUCUGGACCAUUGUGAUUUCAUCGCCCUGCGCAACAUGGUGAUCCGGACGAACCUGCAGGAUCUGAAGGAUGUGACGAACAACGUGCACUACGAGAACUACCGCUGCCGGAAGCUGGCUGGCCUGGGCACGGACGGCAAAGCCAAGCUAAGCAAUAACUUAUGCAAUAUUGGAACUGUUAACACAAAUGGUACUGGAUGGAACCCGUUGGCACAGAUGGAGGAGGAAAAACGCGAACACGAGUCAAAGAUGAAAAAGAUGGAAGCAGAAAUGGAGCAGGUGUUCGAGAUGAAGGUCAAGGAGAAGAAGCAAAAGCUGAAGGAUUCGGAAGCGGAACUAACCAGACGCCACGAAGAGCGCAAAAAGGCACUCGAGCUGCAAGUCCGCGAGCUGGAUGAUCGCAGAAAGGCUUUCGAGCAGGAGAAGGCUGAGUGGGAGCAACAAAAUGGUGUCACGUUGGAUGAACUGCGCCGCAAGAGCUUGGAAGCAAACAGCAAAGAGACCGCGUCUCUUGCAUCAAGAAGUUCCGAUGAGUCGAAGGGCAGGCGCGUGUUCGGAUCGUUGCUGCGUCGACACACUAGCUUCGGUGCACCGGACGCCGUACGUGGCGUGACCGGUGCGACGGGUUCGACUUCCACUCUCGUUAGUGCUAACAAUAACAACGGCACAGUGCCACCCAGUCCGCAAGAUCAUAACGAAUCAUAA